AUGGCAUUCAGUGCUCGCUCCAAGAGUGUGCGCGGCCUGUUGCUGUUGGCACUUGGGCUUUGCGCUCUGACCUUUCAGUCUCUGGCUUUCACCAAGACGGAGGUGCCUGAAGCACAGGCCUCUGGCUUUACCGCAGUCAUUGCAGACCACGCGCUGCUGAUGUCCUUCGUGCUGAUGGCGCUCUCUGGGGCAGUGACGCUCCUGGAAAACUCGACCACGCCAAACCCAGGGCCUGCGGAAAAGCGACCAGACUAUGGCACCUUCCUCAUGAUGCAGAACCUGCUUUGCUUCACCUCAGGCUUCAUCAAUGCGUUGUGCAUCAUUGAUAUGGGUAUGACUGUCUCCCACCAGAGCGGCAACACCAGCCACGCCGGCCGACUGAUCAUGAAUGGCGGCGCCAAGUUCUUCCACCUGAUGUGCGCCUUCUGCGCGGGCUCCUUCUUCGCGGGCUACAGCAAGAGCGACGUGGAGGCCGUGUACCAAGGCCGCUUCUCCCCGAACAUGUUGGGCGCCGCCCUGGCGGUGGUCUUCGGGUGCAUGAUCCACUACUGCAAGGCUGAGAGCGGACACAACGACGCGGCUUCGGAGAGCCUGCUGCUCUUUGCCUUCUCCCAAGGCAUCCAGAACGGCGUCACCCGAAGGUGCACCUCCCUGCCCAUCUGCACCACGCACUUCACGGGCUACUUGACGGAUGUGGGAACCGGCCUGGGGCUCUGGGCGCGCGCCAUGGCCAAUGGGGAGGCGCCGCCCACCCUGCUGAAGGUGCUGCUCUUCGCCGCGGGCAUCUUGUUCUUCUUGCUGGGCGGCGUGGCUGCCAAGGAGACCCACGGCCCCUACGGCAUGCAGGCGGCCCUGAUCCCCGCCGCCAUCAUGGCCGCGGUGGCCGGCGGCUUGAUCCCUGUCCCCAAGCCAGCCAAGGCCCAGACGGCAUGA